AUGCGCCAAAAGGUUCUUCGUUCGGAAAUCUCUCUUCCUCUCCUGCGUGACAUUAUUGAUCGCAUCUUCCGAACCACAGAACUCCCAGCCCCUCCCCCUGCCACCUAUACUUGGCAGUUUCGUCAGUCCUCCGCCACAACCUCUCGUCCCUCGGCACCAUCGAAUGUCCCCAACCCUUCCUCUGUUCCGCCCGCCCAGCUCAAUGGCCGUUCUCUGACGGCGGAAGAAGUCCAAUGGAUCAACAAGAAGAAACUCCCAGACAAGUCUACCGAUGCUGGCGCUUGUGCCCGGGCUUUCCUUGACAGGAACGACCUCUGUUAUUGGUGCCGUAAGGCUGGUCAUAAAAGCCGCAAGUGCGCUGCUCGUGAAGCGGCUGCCACUGUCGCCAAUCUCUAUAUUGACAAUCUCAACGAGGAUGGUGAUGUGUUUGCUGCCAUGGUUGAACACGAUAUCGACUGCACCGACGCUUCGUCAGUCCCCCUCAUCCUUGUCGACGUUGGUCUUUCGGCUGACUCUCCUAUCACCACAGGUCUCAUUGAUCCUGGUGCGGCCAUCAAUACUGUUAGUGAGAGUUUCGUGCAGGCGGCUGGGUUGAGGAAAGAGAACGUCAAGCCGUUGAAGACCCAUAUGGCGGAUGGCAGACCUGGACCACUUGUCGAUACCAGAGUCAGGAUGGAUGUUUUUAUUGGCCCAACCCAUUACAAGAAUUCUUCAUUCCUUAUUCUACCCACCCCUCAUUGUGUCGACAUCAUCUUUGGCCUCCCCUUCUGCCUCCACCACCGCUUACUGGAGGGUGCUGCUCGGCUUGACAAACUCAUGGCCGAAGGUCGCUCUGUCCAUGCCAAUCCCCAGUUUUCCAAUGUCUGCUCUCUCGCUGUUGACGAUCCCACCCUUCAACCUACUGUUCUUAUCUCUCCUGGACGCCAACAGCGCAUAGCAUCCAUUCAUACCGAUUUCGCCGAGGUCCUCCCCAGUGACAUAGGGAAUGUGGAGAACUACCCGGCUGUCUAUUCAGUGAAGAGGAACCACUCCUCUUACACAAGAACGAUCACUUCCAACGCGUCAUUGAUGGUCUCUUGUCUGAUCCGGUGCCUCCGCAUGUUGAACGGUACAAACUGA